GCCGAAAAUACAUAGAAAUAAAAUUUCAAGUUUUCUUAAGAGGCAAAUCAAGCUUUUUAAGCAGUUAUGGCAAUAUUGGAUAUUUCUGUGGAAUCGCUGUUCAGUUAGUUAUAACUUUCACUCGUAACAAAACAGAUCGAUCGAAGACAAUAUUAUUGAAGCUUAAUUUUGUGUUAUUGCUCUUUACGUGGCUUAUUUAUUCACACAUAUUAUAACUAAGGAAUUUUGUUUUGUGUUGAUAAAAAGUUUUAUAUUAUUUUGUUAUUUAAUAUCACAUCCAUCGCGCUUAGAUAGAUAACAGUGUAAAUCGUGCCAAGAUGACGAAGAUCGAUUUAGAUGCAAUUUUCGAGAAUUUAAAGGAAAAAUUAAUUAGAUAUGGACAAGAACAUUUAUUUAAAUAUUGGGAUGAGCUGACUGAUGAUCAAAAAAAGACCCUUAUUCGUGAUAUUGAUGAAAUUAAUUUAGAGGAAGUGCAAUCAUUCUUUAAGAGAGCAACAUCGUCGUUGGAAGAAAGUGCAAAAAAAUUAGACGAUAGAAUGGAACCAAUACCUGAAUCUACUUUUAUGUCUACAAGUCGAACGAGUGAAGAAAAAUUGAAAGUUUACGAGAAUGAAGGCCUUACUCAUAUUGCGAAUAAUCGUGUCGGCGUGCUGUUAAUGGCUGGAGGUCAGGGAACUCGUUUGGGCUCGACAAACCCAAAAGGAAUGUUUGACAUUAAAUUACCUUCGAGAAAGUCACUAUUUCGUGUUCAAGGAGAAAGAAUUCGUAAAUUGCAGGAACUUGCUAAGAAUCAUACAGGAUUAGAUGGACACAUUGUUUGGUAUAUUAUGACUAGUGAACAUACAAUGGAACCGACUCAAAAAUACUUUAGAGAUAAUAAUUAUUUUGGGCUUCAAAAGGAUAAUAUUGAGUUCUUUGAGCAAGGCAGUUUACCUUGUUUUGACUUUGAUGGAAAGAUAUUACUAGAUGAGAAACAUCGCAUCGCCAAGGCACCCGAUGGAAAUGGAGGACUUUAUCGUGCUCUUAGAGACAGAGGCAUUUUAGCAGAUAUGAAUCGUCGCAAAGUACAAUAUCUCCAUGCUCAUAGUGUUGACAAUAUUCUUAUUAAAGUAGCUGAUCCAAUUUUUAUUGGCUAUUGUGCUAAGCAAAAUGCUGACUGUGCGGCGAAAGUUGUUGAGAAAUCACAUCCAAAUGAAGCUGUAGGAGUCGUAUGUAUGGUUGAUGGACGUUAUCAAGUUGUAGAAUAUUCAGAAAUUACUCAAAAAACUGCCGAGAUGAAGAAUGAUGAUGGACGGUUGAAAUUUAAUGCUGGCAAUAUUUGCAACCACUACUUCCAUGCUGAUUUUCUUAACAAAAUUGGAUCAACUUAUGAAAAGGAACUUAAACUUCAUGUUGCUCAGAAAAAGAUCCCACACGUCGAUAGUACUGGUCUCCGAGUUACUCCUGAAAAAGUCAAUGGAAUUAAGAUUGAAAAAUUUGUGUUUGAUGUCUUUGAGUUUGCAGAAAAUUUUGUAAGCGUCGAAGUAGCAAGAGAUGUCGAGUUUAGUGCAUUAAAGAAUGCUGACAGUGCAGGAAAAGAUUGUGAAUCGACAGCUAGAAAAGACAUUUUUAAUCUUCAUAGACGUUAUAUAGAAAAAGCUGGAGGAAAAUUAACUGAUCAAGUGCAGGAAAUAGAAAUCUCUCCAUUAAUUUCUUAUGCUGGAGAGAAUUUAGAACCUUUAGUCAAGGGAAAAGUUUUUGAUACAACAACCGUGCAUUUAAUGUGUCCUAGUGAGAUUCCCAUUAAAAAUGGUCACUUGUAAAAGAGGAAUUUUAAAAAUUCAGACACAUUCCUAAACCUUUUUGGGCACCUUAAAUUUAAUUCGCUCACUUCGUUCCAAUGCUCCACAAUGUGACCGCGAAUUUGGUUACGUAAAAAAUUAUUUUGUUGCAAUUCUCUCUCUUUCGUCUAUUCAUUCAUAUAAAUAAAUAGGAAGUGCCGUCAACAAGAAAUAACUGCACAAGCGAAAAAAAUUAAUACGUUUAGGCAUGAGUGAAGCACACCUUUUUUUCUACCUACCAACUUUAACAUAGUAAGAAAGUUUAAUAAUAAAGCAUAGAAAAAUUUGUGAUUAAUACGCGGGCGACAGAUGAGAAUGAGUCGGGAAACGCUGGAACUUAAGAUAUUAGUUUAAACAAAUAUUUUUAAGGAUUUUUUAAGUUUACAUCACAAAAUUUAAUUUUUAUUUAAAAAGAAAGAGAGACAGAGAGAAAUCUCAUUAUUUAUUUAUGUCUUUUUGGAUAGUUUACUAAACUUUGAUCUGACUUGUACUUGUUUGGAACGAAAUUGAUCAGAAAAGUUUUUAUUAUUUUUUAUAUUACCAUUAUCAUUAAAU